AUGGCGACCACCACCGUCACCGUCACCAAGGGGCGGUCCAAGAAUGACAACCUUCCCCCCGAGAACGAGCGCUUCCUACGGUGCUGUGCCGAUGUCGCCAACGCCCUGAUCGAGGAUCACGAGGCUAUCAGGGACCCCAAGAAUCCGCCAAAGGACCUCAAUCUCAACUCCUUGCGCAACAAGUUUUCGAGGAAGCACAAGCUCGCCAACAUCCCGCCCCUCACGGCGAUUAUUGCGGCCAUCCCUGAGCACUACAAAAAGUACAUUUUACCGAAGCUCAUUGCGAAGCCAAUCCGUUUAUCGGCAUCAGCAGAAGCGCCUUCGCAGCAACCGUCGUCUCAUGCUGCAUUCUUGCUGCAUCGAUUGUGA